CCCGGCCCGGCCCAGCCCCGCCGGCUGUGCGGCGGCUCCGCGCCCGAGGUGGGGCCGCCCACCCGGGGCCGCGCUGUGAGGCAGUGCCGCUGCCGGGUCUGCGUCCCCUGGGCCCCGCUGGGGCUUCCCGAGUGUUGUCCAGACGCCCCCCCCCGACCUGGCGCUGCCCCCCGCGGCGGGGGCUCCUCACGGGAUGCCCAGGUCCGGGCGGCGCGGGGCCGGGUCUGGCCUCUCCCGGACGCGGCGCCUCCCGGGGCCCCCGCCCGGCACGGAGCAGGCGGGGGGGAGGACACGGCCGUUUUGGCGGCCCCCGCUCCCCGCCGGCGCUGACCGGGUUCCCCAGCCCCGCUCCUGAGCGCGUCCCCCCGCGGGCGGCGGGGGAAUCCCCGCGCGGGGGCUGCGGGGCGCCGCGGCUGCGCCGCUCUGCCCUAGGUAGGACGGACCUGCCCCCCUGCCUCUGCCCCCAUGUCCAAUAAGAAGAGACCCGGCUUGACACCUGCCUAUAUACAGAGGAGGAGAGCAACAUCUUCAGCGCCGGUCUUUGGAGGGGGGGGUGGGGGCACUAACCCAAAACACAACAUCAGAUCAGAGCGGGGGGCUCGGUGGUACUAUAUAAACCCCCCCAAGACUAUGACUUCCAGUAAAAUUGAGAUGCCAGGGGAGGUGAAGGCAGAUCCUGCAGCUCUGAUGGCAUCUCUGCAUCUGCUGCCUUCUCCCACUCUCAACCUUGAAAUCAAAUACACCAAGAUUUUCAUCAAUAAUGAGUGGCAAAAUUCUGAAAGUGGGAGAAUAUUCCCAGUCUAUAAUCCAGCCACAGGAGAGCAGAUCUGUGAGAUCCAGGAAGCUGACAAGGUUGAUACAGACAAAGCAGUGAGGGCAGCUCGCCUUGCUUUUUCUCUCGGUUCAGUCUGGAGGAGAAUGGAUGCAUCAGAAAGAGGCCAUCUCUUGGAUAAGCUAGCAGACUUGGUCGAAAGAGACAGGGCAGUUCUUGCUACUAUGGAAUCACUGAACAGUGGCAAACCUUUCUUGCAAGCUUUCUACGUAGAUCUUCAGGGAGUCAUAAAAACCCUGAGGUAUUAUGCCGGUUGGGCAGACAAAAUCCAUGGAAUGACCAUUCCUGUAGAUGGAGAUUAUUUUACGUUUACAAGACACGAACCCAUCGGAGUGUGUGGACAGAUCAUCCCUUGGAACUUCCCCCUGCUGAUGUUUGCAUGGAAGAUUGCUCCAGCUCUGUGCUGUGGCAAUACAGUAGUUAUUAAACCAGCAGAACAAACACCACUCAGUGCUCUCUAUAUGGGAGCCCUCAUCAAGGAGGCUGGCUUUCCACCUGGAGUUGUCAACAUUUUGCCAGGAUUUGGUCCAAUUGUUGGCGCAGCCAUAGCAUCUCAUGUUGGCAUUGAUAAAAUUGCUUUUACUGGAUCCACUGAGGUUGGGAAGCUGAUCCAAGAAGCAGCUGGAAGGAGUAAUUUGAAGAGAGUUACACUGGAGCUGGGUGGGAAAAGCCCAAACAUUAUUUUUGCAGAUGCUGAUUUGGACUAUGCUGUAGAACAAGCUCACCAAGGGGUCUUCUUCAAUCAAGGUCAGUGCUGUACUGCAGGCUCACGGAUUUAUGUGGAAGAAUCAAUCUACGAAGAGUUUGUUAAAAGAAGCGUAGAACGUGCAAAGAGAAGAGUUGUGGGGAGUCCUUUUGAUCCAACCACGGAACAAGGCCCACAGAUUGAUAAAAAACAAUACAACAAGAUCUUGGAACUGAUUCAGAGCGGCAUUACUGAAGGAGCAAAACUUGAAUGUGGGGGUAAAGGGCUAGGAAGAAAGGGCUUCUUCAUUGAACCUACGGUGUUUUCCAAUGUAACAGAUGACAUGCGGAUUGCCAAGGAGGAGAUUUUUGGGCCUGUUCAAGAAAUACUGAGAUUUAAAACCAUGGAUGAAGUUAUAGAGAGAGCCAACAAUUCUGAUUUUGGGCUGGUAGCUGCUGUCUUUACAAAUGACAUAAACAAGGCCCUGACAGUCUCUUCAGCAAUGCAGGCUGGGACAGUCUGGAUAAAUUGCUACAAUGCCUUAAAUGCCCAAAGUCCUUUUGGAGGAUUCAAAAUGUCUGGCAAUGGGAGAGAGAUGGGUGAAUGUGGAUUGAGAGAAUAUUCUGAAGUUAAAACUGUGACAAUAAAGAUCCCUCAGAAGAACUCCUAAAAUGACGAAGGACCACGCUGUGCAGAAGAGCACAUGGUGCCACCCUCUCUAUUGCUUAUGGAGACCAGCACUCAGGAAUAAAAAGUGUUACACAAUA